AUGGCAUCAGGCAUGAGCGUGGAGCUGUUCAAUGGGGAGGGAAAUACUAACCUCUCAUCUUUCAACCAGUCAUCACCCCCCUCCUGCAACAUUGAUGAGUCAUACAAGUACAUAUUCCUCCCCAUCUGCUACUCGUUCACGUUUAUCUUCAGUAUAACUCUUAACUCCGUCGUCUUGUACCGCUCCUUCCGGCACACCAAGCGAUGGAACGCCUCCCUCAUCUACAUGGUGAACUUGGCCUCCACCGACUUCAUGUACGGCCUCUCACUGCCCUUUCUGGUGGCCAGCUACAUCAUGCGAGACAACUGGGUGUUUGGGGACUUCAUGUGUCGCCUGGUGCGUUUCCUGUUCUACUUCAAUCUGUACUGCAGCAUCUUCUUCCUUACGUGCAUCUCCGUGCACCGCUACCUGGGCAUCUGCCACCCCAUGAAGACCAUCACCCUGGAGACCAAGCGUGCCGUGAAAGGCACCUGUGUUCUGGUGUGGGUGCUAGUGUUUGCACUCACGUGCCCCAUCUUCCGCUUUGCACAGACUGAGUAUCUGCCCAGGGGCGGGGAGGCGGAGGGCAUCGGGGUAACUGCCAAUGGGCAGAGCACCGACGGAGGAGCGGACGGGUUCACCAACUGCUGGGAUGAUGCCAUUGACAAAGAGUUCCAAGACUAUGUGCCUUAUGGAAUCACACUGCACCUGGUAGGGUUUUUUCUGCCAUUCAGCAUCAUCGCUUGGUGCUACUCACACGUGGUCCUGACCAUCAUCAGGACCCUGCGUUCCCGGCCUUCUGCAGAAGAUGGAGGAGGAGCGUUGGGGCGCAGCGGUGGGAUGUCUGGCGCAGAGGGGAUGUCAAUCAUCCUGGGGGCUCAUUCCCCGUAUGUGCAUAGACGCCGGAAGUCAAUCAAAACCAUCAUCACCAUCACGCUCCUCUUCGCUCUGUGUUUUUUCCCUUUCCAUGUGACCCGCACCAUUUUUUUGAUUCUGAAAGUGACCAACCGUGUGGAGUGUCACACCAUGCGAAUGGUUUCAAUCUGUUACAAAAUCACAAGACCAUUAGCCUCAUUCAACGCCUGGCUAAAUGCCUUGCUCUACUUCCUCACGAAGGAAAAGAGUUCUCCUUGCUGCCCGAAGCCAGAACCGGUCCAACAUGGUCUCCUCUGGCCCUUGAGAAUGAUGGGGAGAGCAGGAGAGGAAGAGGAUGGUGGUGGUGAUGAAGCAAUGAAUAACAAGGGGAAUGAACCAAAAGCAGAAGCUGAUAUCCUUAGGGGACUGCCAUAAGACAACGAGUCCUGUGAACAGGAUGGAUAUCAGGGGCGGGAGGUGAAGCCUGGUGAGGUUUUAAAAAGUGAUAGGAGGUCAC